AUGGGGAAGCGCCAUGCUAUCAACUUCCAUACGCUCACACAUCGGGCGAUGGUGGUGGCAGUAACCAGUCCUGACCAGGACGAGUGCAAAUGGGCGACGGAAAACCUCGAGGGCGUACGCGUUUAUCUGGAUUACGAGGAGAUGCUGGCAAAAGAAGACCUACAGGCUGUCGUCAUCGCUAGCGCUACUGCCGUCCAUGCAGUGCAAACUCUGAGUGCUAUUGAGAAAGGCUAUCACGUCCUUUGUGAAAAGCCAUUGAGCCAAGAUGUGGCCGUCGCACAUUCCGUGGUUGAUGCCUACAAGCGGUCCCUCCGAAUCCACCCUAAACAAAAGGUCAUGUGCGGUUUCUCUCGUCGAUUUGACGCCUCUUAUCGGGAGGCGUAUGAGAAAGUGGCACAGGGUGACUACGGCCGCCCGGUAGUGUUUCGAUCUCAGACGGCAGAUCUGCACGACUCGUCGGGCUUUUUUGUAAACUACGCUAAGACUAGCGGCGGCAUAUUCGUUGAUUGUUCUAUCCACGACAUUGACCUCAUGCUCUGGUUCCUUGGAGAAAAAAGCAAGAUCAAGAGCUUGCAGGCAAUUGGAGUUACCGCCGUACAUCCUGGACUUGAAGCAAUCAAAGACCGUGACAACGCGAUAGCAACAGUUGAGUUUUAUGGUGGCAGGAUUGCGAAUCUGUAUUGCUCAAGGAUGAUGGCAGCAGGGCAGGAGGAUACCACAGAGAUUAUUUGUCAAAGAGGCUCUGUGAGAGUCAACAUGGAAGGGCGGAAAAGUCAUGUCGAUGUCCACGAUUCGCUGGGAGCUAGACGCGAGCUCCCACAGCAUUCCUUUGAUCGCUUUAGAGAAGCUUUUGUCACUGAGGCCAGGGAAUUCACCUCAUGCUGCUUGGACAAUACUCCCUUACCUGUCAAACUCGAAAGCUCCGUUAGGGCUCUGGCUAUUGGUCAAGCGCUUCAGAGAAGCUUAGUGAGCGGUGACAAGGUGAUGUUUGAUGAGCUUGAUGCCAAGCUUUAA